AUGUCUGCAUCUCCGAGCAAGGACGAGUCAAGGAGCGAUUAUGUUGCCAAUCGCACUCCUGUCGACGCUAAUAUAGACCACACUUCGUCUAUGAGAUAUUGGAAUAAGACCCCAGCAACGGUUAAUGCCAUGCUAGGUGACCUUGGUAGCUUCUCAUGGUAUUCACGUAUUGAUCUGCGCGGUUCGGCGAAUUUCUUAGCCAAGGUUCGUCGAUUAGUACCAAGUACUAUGACUCAGAAAAGAUUCAAGCUCGGUGUAGAUUGUGGCGCAGGUAUAGGACGUGUGACCAGUGGUCUUCUCCAGCAGGUUUGUGAAGUCGUGGAUGCGGUAGAGCCAGUAGAGAAUUUUGCUUCUCUUCUACGGCAAGCGCCGUUAAACGAACAUGGAUCGGUUGGAGAUAUCUAUGUCACAGGCUUGGAAAACUGGUAUCCUACGAAGAAAUAUGACCUAAUUUGGUAUACACAACUGACCGAGUAUCUCGUGCGCUGUCGGGCUGCAUUGACGGAGACUGGAAUUAUGAUCAUUAAAGAGAAUAUAUCGUCGGAUCCCGCCGGAAAUGAUAUGUAUGACGACUUGGACAGCAGCGUAACGAGAUCGGACCGGAAGUUUCGAGAAAAAUUUAAAGAGUCGGGGAUGACCUUGGUCACAUCGGAGAUACAAGGGGGGUUUCCGAAGAAAUACAAACUUCUUCCGGUCCGAUCUUAUGCCUUGCGACCGCAGGCCAGGGCCUAA